CGCCGGUUCCGACCUCCGAACCGGAGCCAGUGUUCAGUAUCCUCGCCUGGCCAGGCCAGCUGUGUCCGCGCAUCAUGUGACGUCGCCGCCGCCGCAACAAGACUCACCAACAAAUACCGCAGAGGAAAAAAAUGUAAACGGAGACAUGUCCCUCAUCGUGUCUCGUUUGGUCCAACUGCACCGAAGCGUCAGAUAGGUCGAGGCUGGCCUGACCGUAAAUUGUUAUCGUCGUGGACACAAUUAACUUUGGAUAGGCGCUACUCAGUUGUAGUACUAGUACCACCUGACUGUUGUCUCGGUGUGAGCUAAUGCUAGCUGGGUAGCACAACAUUCAGUCAGCGGAGCCACUCAGCAGCAGAGCCGACCAUCACCUCCUCCAACCCCGGACGGAUUUGACGUCGGCACGCACUGUGGUUUGAUGUUCGGCGAAGGACACCGUGUUGUGAAUUUCGAAGAUGGAAGAGUGUCUUGACCUAAAACACUUUCUAAAGUGUGGCGUCACUUUGGAGGGUUCGUUUCUCUGAUUUGGAUUAUUCUUGGCCAAGCAGCGUCCUCAGGCCCACUAAUCCUAGACAAGUUUCUCAAUGGACACUCUGCUCAAGUCAGAAAUCAGAGACGAAGGAAGUGGUGCCUCGGUGAAGGUGGAGGGCCUUUCUAAGGCAGCUCUCAUCAAAAGUCUGUCUCCUAGAGUGAUGCUGUCCAAUCAUCUAUUGCCAAAAGGGACCAAGAUGAAGGUCAACCUAGAGGAUCAGAGUCGUCAGAAAGUGUCCUUCAGCUUCUCGCAGAUCAAGAAGCCACUGCACAGCAUUUUCGUUAUCCCUUCCAGCCCCGAAAAGUCUGACACUGAACAUCAAACUGCCUCGUCACAGCCAACAGUUGAUAAAGGAAGGGCUUCUGACAGUAAAAAUGAGCAAAAACAGACCCAUGCAGUGCCAAUUUCAACAGAACAGACAUCUUCACAAGUUCCAAGCUUUGCCGCUAAACUGAAAACAGACUUGGCAAAGAUGCAUUUCAAGAAGCAAAUACUCAGUGUGUCUGUGACUAGAGAAAAAAUAACAUCUUUUAUUCCGGAGGAGACACCCAACUCUCAAUUGCUGGUUUUGCAAAAAUCUGCAAAUGACAGCGAAACCAAAGUCCCAAUUUUGCAGCAUCAGAACCCUGUAAGUGUCUCUCCCUCUGAGGAUUCUCACCAUCACUCCUCUGAGAGCUGGACAGCAUCAAGUAUCAAGAAACCUGCUGCAUCCUCAGGAAAAGAGGAAGAUAAUUCCAGUAAUGAGCAGGAUAAAAAUGUAUACAAAAGGAAAACCAGGUCACAAACUGACACACGAACAGAGAUUGAAGAUCCAGUCCCCAUUUCUUCCAGACGCAAAUCAGUUGACUCCAAAAGUAAAACAAAUUUGGACAGCAGUAGCAAAGCAGGAAUUAAAAGGUCUUCCUCUAGGUCACGAGGGGAAGAAAAGGAAAAAAGCUCAUCAAAGCGAUCUGAGAAUCAUGAAAGGUCAUCUAGUUAUACAAAAUCGGACCGUGAUUCUAGAUACACAUCAUCGCGGUCACUGCGAUCAGACAAAGAUCGCAGAAGAUCCAGAUCAAGGUCAAGAUCAAGGUCUCGAUCUAGAGGCUCUCGAAUCAGUUCAUCUCACCCAAGAUCAGAGAGAUCGAGAGGCGAUAGAGGAUCCCGCUCAGAAAGAUCCUUUUAUCAUGAUGCCGAUCGCAGAUCAUACAGAAGUUCUCCGCGUAGAGACAGACGACGGUCUCGUUCUCGCAAUGACAGAACACGGGACAGUUCGGACUCUGAAGAUGACCAUCGCAAGACUAGGACACGGGCAAGUGACUCCAGUAGAUCAUCCACCUAUUCAAAGUCCUCUUCCUUCUCAAAAUCUGACAAAGGAUCUAAAUCUAUUGAUAUGCCACAUUCUUCAGAGUCAGAUAAAAGAAGUCAAACCUCAUCUUCGAUGUCAGAAAGGACUUCAAAGCGACUGUCAGACUCUGACUCCCAGCGCAAAUGCUCUCCAGGUGGAGAAUCAAGGCAUUAUAAAGCUAACACCCAUCAUACAAUAGACACCAACAGAAAAUCCAACUCUUCCAAACAUCCUACCCAUUUGGAUAGUGAAAAACAUGAACAUGAAAAUCAUCCAAAAAGCAGUUCUACUGACAAUGAACCUGAUCAGAGGACAAAAUCACAGGCAAGCUCUGGUUUAGAGGAAACACACAAAGAAGAGAAAACUAGUCAGCUCGACGCCAAACAGACCACCUUUUCUAGAACGCCAGAGGAAACCAGUGAACAUGAUAGACAAUCUGACAUAUUUAAUUGUCCCAGUGACGAACCAAAAUAUGAAACUACCAUGAAAUCAUGUUUGCUGGAUCAAAAAGAAAAAAACUAUGUAAAUUAUAUUCAACAGAGAAGUCAAAUUGACCACCAGGAUGGUGAGUUGACAGAGAUGCAAUGUAACAGAUUAGAUGGACCAAAAUCAAGUCUCGAAGUGAACGAAGAAAUUGCACCAGCUAUAAGCUCAAAUGAGGGCAAGAAGCAAGUAAAUGGCACCCUUGAAAAAGUAAACAAUGUGAAGGAUAGUCUUCUUCCUCAAAAUAUACCACAUGUGACUGAAAAUGCUGCUGCAGAAAGUUUAUUCAGUAGUAGUGAUGGCAUAGUAUGCAACGUGGACAUAAAAGAUGUUGACUCUUCACAAGGGUCAGUGCCUCUACCUAAUACAAUUGACGUACCUGCCGCACAUGUUGCUCAGAACUGUAAACCACAGGGUGAACUUAGUAAUGUUGUGACUGCCACUGAGCAAGCUGAAACAAAUGCACUGGUGAAAUCAGACCAAGCAUGUAAAACUGAGAACCUGAUGACACUUGAAGAAAACAUAGACAAUGAUAAAAAGAGCAGUCCUACUAAAAAGUCCCGGUGGGAUAUUGUUAGAGAGGAUGGCCCAGGGAGUGAAGAUUCGCAGCAGACACUUUUCGCUGAACUACCUGAAAACAUGGUCUUUAUAAACAAAAUAGAGUUUUCCCAAAACCAAAGUCAGAUAGACAUGAUAGAAACCACGCAAGAAUCUGAAAGGCAUUUCAUACCUGGGCAGGAGAUGGAGAGGCCAAAGCAGGCAGGUAGUUACGACCAAGGGGAGGCUUCACAGGGUAUCAUUGUCGUUAACCAUUCUCAGAAAAACUUAGAACAGCCUCUGUGCAACAGUAAUGCAACAAAGGUCAACAGUGCUGCACAGAUGGAGAGCUGGAAUGGUAACUUCAAAGAGAAAUCUGAAGAUAGUACCCACAAGCAUAAAUUACAUGAAACGUUAGCGAAUCAGUUAGCCGAAGGAGGACAUAGCGAUGCCAGUGAUAGUGACAACUCUGAGUAUGACUCUGAAUGUGAUGAGGCAAUAAAACGAUUGCAGUCUGUGGUGGUGGUGCCAAAGAAUUCCACUGUAACAAGUGAAUCACAUGACACUGGACCUUCCUCAUACAGUCCAAUUAUCUCAAAACCCCACAUUGCUAAUGAAGUCACCAAAAUGAAUGGUCAUGAAGUUCAAUAUCAAGACAGUUCUCAACAAAGACUAGAGGGUGUUUUGUACCACACUAGUUCUCUUUGUCAAUCCCAGAGUAAUAUGAUUGACAGCACUAGUCACUUAGAGGGAUCCAGCUCUACUGGUGUCUCACAGCCUUAUGUGACUGGUCCUGCCAAUGUCCACCAGUGUAUCACUAAUUUCACGCACAGCCUCGACAAUUCUGGACAUUACGACCAAGUGCAAGGCCAGCAUUAUGUCAACAGCAGAGGUGAACUGAUUCUCGCACAUUACCAACAUUCUGCCAGUGUUGACAACAUCAGUGACGGGGGUGCGUUCAACCCAAGCUGGAGUUUUGCACAGCCAGAACAGCCCAGUAGUACAUAUCAACAGCCAGACAGCAGUCAUGGACCAUUGUUACCACAAUCUAAACUUCCAGAAAACUUUCCUAACGUACAGCAGCAUAGACACCACAGUGUCUCAUGGAACAACCAAACCUCCGACAUGCAGACUAGCAAAAAAAACUACCCCCAUGUAUAUCAGGACUUUGCAGGUGAAAUCCACCCAGACUCACUCACUAAUGACCAUGACGACUAUUGCGGGGCUAAACCAUCCAAUCUUAGUAAAGCAACUGUCGACUCUAGUGGACCACCGGGGGCUCCAGGGUUUGUGCAAGGUCACGAAAUAAGCAGCAACAGCAGGUGCUCUGCUGUGCCUGACCCCCCGCGGGAGAACAGCUUCAAGACCCACAGAAGCAGGGGUCCUCCCAAGAAAAGACGACCAGAGAUUGAGUCCGAUUCGGACAACGAGGCGGAAGCUGGACCUACUGCCAAAAGGGAGCGUCAAGGAGAAACCGAGGAUGCGAAAGAAACUAAAGUCAAAGUUGAGGUGGUCCGUCCGUCACUCACUCUGCAGCACUUUCAAGACUCCAAUCGAUGGAAAGAGUUUUCCAAGACAAAGAAGAUGCCCCCUUAUUUUGACCUCAUUGAAGAGAAUCUAUACCUAACUGAGCGAAAGAAGAGCAAAUCUCAUCGUGAUAUCAAGAGGAUGCAGUGUGAGUGCCCAAUGCUGCCCAAACAGGACCGUUUACGGGGUAUGUUGGCGUGCGGGGAAGACUGUUUAAAUCGGCUGCUGAUGAUUGAAUGCUCGUCACGGUGCCUGAAUGGACACUAUUGCUCAAAUCGACGCUUUCAAAUGAAGCAGCAUGCAGACUUUGAAGUCAUCCUCACCGAAGACAAGGGUUGGGGUCUACGUGCAGCUAAGGACUUGUCUUCAAAUACCUUUGUGCUAGAAUACUGUGGGGAAGUGUUGGACCACAAAGAGUUCAAAACAAGAGUGAAAGAAUAUGCACGCAACAAGAACAUCCACUACUAUUUCAUGGCUCUAAAGAAUAACGAGAUCAUCGAUGCAACACUGAAGGGUAAUUGCUCUCGGUUUAUGAACCACAGCUGCGAGCCCAACUGUGAGACCCAAAAGUGGACGGUCAAUGGCCAGCUUAGAGUCGGGUUCUUCACCACCAAAGCAGUCAGUGCAGGAACUGAGUUGACAUUUGACUAUCAGUUUCAGAGAUACGGGAAAGAAGCCCAGAAGUGCUUCUGUGGAGCACCCAGCUGCAGGGGCUUCCUGGGAGGGGAGAACCGAGUCAGUGUCCGAGCGGCUGGAGGGAAGAUGAAGAAAGACCGAACUCGAAAGAAUGCUCUCACCACAGUUGAUGAGGAACUGGAGGCAUUACUAGAGAAUGGCGAAGGACUCUAUGAUGGGAAACAAGUGGUGUCCCUGUGCAGACUUAUGGUCCGUGUGGAAAACAUGGAGCAGAAACUCACCUGUCUCAAGCUCAUACGUGAUACACAGAAUCCGUCUUGCUUAAAGCAGUUCUUAGAUCAUCAUGGCUUGUCUUUGCUUUGGAUCUUCAUGGUGGAGAUUUCUGAAGCCAAGGGGAAUUGUGCCAUUAACAUCAAACUGCAAUCGGAGAUUAUGAAGACAUUGUCUGUGUUACCCAUAUCCACUAAGAACAUGCUGGAAGAGAGUAAAGUCCUGACCUUCAUUCAGCGAUGGGCCCAAACGAAAGCUCUCCCUCAGCCCACUGAGAUGGACGGUUACUCCAGCGAGAACACUUCACGUGCUCAGACGCCCCUAAACAUACCUGAUGGUUCCUCCUCUAAAUUGGGACCAGAGUGUGACAGGGACACCUCCAAACCUGCUGUGUAUCGCCGCCUUAAAAUCAUCAGCGAAAACAGUCUGGACAGUGCCCUCUCAGAUGCCAGCAAAGCGUCUGAUGGCAAGGAGGAGUAUGAGGAGGAAGAUGAUGAGGAAGAGGAUGAAUCUGCCCAGAGUGCACUGCCUGAUGAGAAACCGAAGGUAAAUGCGAUCAAUGAAGCUGCUAAUCCAGUGAAAGAAUCACCGAAAGAGGAGGUAAAAGACAUCAAAGUGGAGAAACAGGAAGAGACGCAAAUGGCUUCAGACGGUCAGGAACACGUUGAUGUUGAAGAGGUAAAAGACCAAAUUGAGUUGGAGGAGAAGCCCUGUGAGGUGAAAGUGGAUGUAAUUGAUGAACCGAAGAAGGAAUCUGAGGUAUCUGAUAAGCCUAGCGGAGAAGAGCUGACCAUCCAGGCACCAACAGAAAUGACUGAAAUGGAAAGUGACCAGCCUACAGUUGAGAUUCAGGAAUCAGAGAUCGAGCCAGUUCAAAUGGAUGUUUCUGAGGCUCGAGCUGAACAGCCUGCAGAGCAGAUGGUAGCCAAGACAGAAACACUGGAGACUGAGAAUCCUCCUCCUGGCCCUGAGGCCCAACCUGAUGAACCUGGCACCGUCGCUCCCCAAAAUUCUGACACCCCCGAGGUCAGUAUGUCUACAGAAGACACACCAGCACCUACAGAUCCACAAGCGAUAGAAACACCUUCUCAGGAUGAAGAGGAAGGUGUUUCUGAUGUGGAGAGUGAGCGGAGUCAGGAGCCCCAAAUCAGUGCUUUGGACAUUAGCAGCAUGGCGGCCAGGCUGUUGGACAGUUGGAAGGAUCUCAAGGAGGUGUACAGAAUACCAAAGAAGAGUCAGGUGGAAAAGGAAGCCAAUGAUUGUCUCAAAACAGAUCGCAGUAGAGAUCGUGAAACAACUCUGACUCCACGCAACACCUCUGGUAGUCGAGAGCGUGAAAGGGAGCGUGAAAAGGACAGGGACAGGGACAGAGACCAUGACCGGGAUUGGGACAGGGACAGGGAGCGAGACAGGGAAAGAGAAAGGGACCGGGACAGGGAGCGUGAUCGAGACAAAACUCCACGCAGCACUGAGAGACGGAGGCGACGGUCCACAUCCCCACCCUCCUCCUAUGAGCGGAGCAGCCGGCGCACUGAGGAACGGUUUGACCCGUCAAAGACACCUCGGGGAACUGGCAGCAAGGAGCGCAACAAGCUGUCCACAGAGGAACGCAGGAAGCUGUUUGAGCAGGAGGUUGCUCAGCGGGAAGCCCAGAAGCAGCAACAGCAGCAGCAGCAGCAGCAGCUCCAAACUAUGGCCUACGACCCUGCCUUGGCCUAUGCCUCGACUUCUGGCUUCAUCACCUAUCCACCUGGAUACCCCCUCCAGACUUUUGUGGAUCCCACCAACCCCAACGCAGGCAAAGUACUACUACCCACCCCUACAGCUGACCCCACCAUGACCUAUGAACAGACUACUCCCCAAAGACUAGUCUCAGAUCUUGGGCUUCCCUCGCCAUCAUCCACUUCACAAGCCACUCCUGUUUCUAAUAUCUCUCAGCACAUCACCAACGCCAACCUCACCCCUGCUGACACGCAGCAGUACGCCCAGCCCGCUGUCGGAGCCCAGGACUCGGGCGUGUCUGUCCUCUCCGUGCCCGCCCAGACGGCGCCCCAGGUCCAGAGCCAGCAGAGCUACGCCACUCUGUGGGAUCCAGCCACCCAGCAGGCAGUGACCGUGCAGACGCAGCCAGCGCAGCAGUACGCGGCAGCCCCGGCGCAGGCCCCCACGCAAACGGCAAUCUACUACCAAGGCCAGCCGUGCCAAACCAUCUACAGCAUCCCAACUGCUUACCCUCAGACCAACACUCCAGUCAUACAGGCCUACUCUGACCCCGCAGCCAGCUACUUGCAUGGCCAGACAGUGUAUCCUGGGCAUCAGCAGGGCGUGGUGGUGCAGCAGGGAGGCACAGUCACCACCAUCGUCACCUCCCAAACUGUCCAGCAGGAAAUGAUUGUACCCAACAAUGUGAUAGAUCUUCCUCCUCCCUCGCCCCCGAAGCCCAAAACUAUCGUUCUACCUCCCAACUGGAAAGUGGCCCGGGACCCUGAAGGAAAGAUCUACUAUUACCAUAUUGCCACAAGGCAAACUCAGUGGGAUCCUCCUACCUGGGAUGGAAGUAGUGACACCAAUAUGGACCAUGACUCUGAGAUGGACCUUGGCACUCCCACUUACGAUGAGAAUCCCUCCAAGUUCUCAACCAAAACAGCUGAAGCAGACACUUCCAGUGAAUUGGCAAAGAAGAGUAAAGAGACAUUCCGCAAAGAGAUGUCCCAGUUUAUUGUGCAGUGCUUAAAUCCUUAUCGGAAGCCAGACUGCAAACUUGGCCGCAUUAGCAACACAGAGGACUUCAAACACCUGGCAAGAAAGCUAACCCACGGUGUCAUGAACAAAGAACUGAAGGCGUGCACCAACCCUGAGGACCUGGACUGCAACGAGAACGUCAAGCACAAGACCAAGGAGUACAUCAAGAAGUACAUGCAGAGGUUCGGUGCCGUGUACAAACCCAAGGAGGACACGGAAGUCUACUGAGAGCAUGUUUGCUUAAUCCCACCCGUGACCUACGACCGCGCUUUAUUUAUGAUGCUCGGAUGAACCCCGGACAAGAUCUCGGACACAGACGGGGUGCUACAUACAGUUUCCACAGGCUAAUUUAGUUUUAGUUCCUUUGUUUUGUGGUUUUAAACGGGUGUGAAUGAAGUAUAAGCCAACUUUGUUUCUUUUGACACUUUCCACUGUUGAAAAUGGAUCAAUGAACAGUCUGCUUCAUUUUCUGGUGCUGCUUUUAACUGCGGAGGUUCAAGUUUCCACUCGCCGAAAAAACCUGCAGGACUUUUGGGAGCCACUUCCGAGCUUUUGUCCACUCCAGGUCCACGGUGUGUGCCGGUCAUCCAGAUUUUGUGUCUUUUUAUCCGUUAGGUCACUUAUGACGUCGGGAGCACGGUUUGUUUGCGAUGUUUGAUGUGCCACGCUCCCUCCCCAUCCUCACGUCCUCUUCUGACUGGACUCACACAGAAGAGUGUAGCAUUGCAGUUUUAACUUAUAAACUUAUUUUUUAAUUAA